AUGGAGUGCUUUCUGAAUGCCAGGGCACAAGAGAUUGCAGACGGAGGAAUCAUGGUACUCGUCAUUCCAGGCCGGCCCAAUACUGUUCCUCAUUCUGACUCUGUGGGAAAUGUGAGCUUUCAACUUAUAGGGUCUUGCCUCAUGGACAUGGCUAGGAAGGUGAGCAAUGUAAGUGAUAAAGUAGAUACAUUUAACUUUCCUGUGUAUUACAUGACUCCCCAAGAACUGGAAGCUGCUGUAGAACGAAAUGAAUAUUUUAGUUUAAAGAAGUUGGAAACGGUACCUCACAUUCGGAUUCCUCCCACUGUCUCUCCAAGCCAACUCUUUGUAUCUCACGCGAGAGCUGCCCUUGAGGAAGUCAUCAAGCAGCAAUUCGGAGAAGAAAUCUUAGAUGAGCUCUUUGACUCGUAUCUCAAGAAACUUGAAGUGCAACCCUCCAUCAUUGCGUCAGCGACUGAAACUGCAAUCAUCUUUCUUGCCGUGCUUAAGCGCAAGUAA